GCGGGGAGGAAGUAGGUGAAAGGGCGGGGGCGUGACUUCGCAGGCACCACCCCCUGCCCUUAAGGUCUCGGCUUUGGCCGCUGCCUCUAGGCUUUGCUGGAGGAGAAACCCAGUGCUGCCUGCUCCUGCUGCUGCCAUGGCCCUUCUCCGAGGCGUGUUUAUCGUUGCCGCGAAGCGAACACCCUUCGGAGCCUUCGGAGGUCUUCUGAAAGACUUCUCAGCCACAGACCUGGCCGAAUUCGCUGCCAGGGCGGCCUUGUCCGCUGGCAAAGUAUCACCCGAGACUGUUGACAGUGUUAUUGUAGGCAACAUCAUACAGGGCUCUUCAGAUGCUGUAUACGCGGCGAGGCACAUUGGUUUGCGCGUGGGUGUCCCCAAGGAGUCCCCGGCUCUCACCCUGAACAGGCUGUGUGGCUCCGGUUUCCAGGCCGUUGUGAGCGGAUGUCAGGAAAUCUGUGUUAAGGAUGCUGAGAUUGUCCUGUGCGGAGGAACCGAAAGCAUGAGCCAGGCGCCCUUCUAUGUCAGAAACAUACGUUUCGGAACCAAGUUUGGAUCAGAACUCCAGCUGGAAGAUGCUUUGUGGGCAUCAUUAAAAGAUCAGCACGUCCAACUCCUCAUGGGAAUUACUGCAGAGAAUCUUGCUUCCCAACACAAAAUAAGCAGAGAAGACUGUGACAGAUACGCCCUGCAGUCCCAGCAGAGGUGGAAAGCUGCUAACGAUGCUGGCUACUUCAAUAAUGAGAUGGCACCGAUCGAGGUGAAGACAAAGAAGGGAAAACAGACGGUGCAGGUGGACGAGCACGCCCGGCCCCAGACCACCCUGGAGCAGCUGGCCAAGCUCCCGCCGGUGUUCAAAAAGGAAGGAACCGUCACCGCCGGGAACGCCUCGGGCGUAUGUGAUGGUGCUGGAGCUGUUGUCCUUGCCAGCGAAGACGCUGUGAAAAAGCAUAACCUCUCACCACUGGCGAGAGUCGUGGGCUAUUUCGUGUCUGGAUGUGACCCCACUAUCAUGGGUAUUGGUCCCGUCCCUGCCAUCAAGGGGGCACUGAAGAAAGCGGGACUGAGUCUGAAGGACAUGGACUUGGUGGAGGUGAAUGAAGCCUUUGCUCCCCAGUACUUGGCUGUUCAGAAGGGUCUGGAUCUCGACCCGAGUAAAACCAAUGUGAAUGGAGGAGCCAUUGCCUUGGGCCACCCGCUGUCGGCGUCUGGGUCAAGAAUCACCGCCCACCUGGUUCAUGAAUUGAGGCGUCGGGGUGGAAAGUACGCCGUGGGAUCGGCGUGCAUCGGAGGCGGCCAGGGCAUCGCGGUCAUCAUCGAGAACACAGCCUGACCGCGCGGAGCCCGCCACGGCCACUCUCACCGCACGUGGCCCGGCCACCGUGACCCGGCGACCUCGAGGGCCGGAGGUGACUGAGUUUCACCAGAAGAGCCCGUGCCAGAAGAAGCACUCUCAGGCUUCCUGCAAAUGUGGUGUGUUUCUGAACUAAACCCAACUGCAGAGGGCCUUCCGAGGAGUCGUGUCCUUGCCACAUAAUCACCAUUUACGCCUUAGAUAAUAUAGUAUGAUCACGAGGAAAUGGAAUAAAUAUUGCCUUAAACUCA